AAAAAAAACACUUAAUCACUCUAAAAUUUAGCCCAGGCCAAAUGACAUUGAGUAAUCCCAAAAUAUAAACAGACAACAUUCUUUUUUUUUUUUGUUGAAAUAAAGACAACAUUUUUCUUAUUGGCCAAAAGAAUUACUCUUUUUAUUUAUUUUUUCUACCCACUGAUUUGACCAUUACAAACCGAACCCAAGUUUACUUGAGCUGGAUAUACCAAUUUCAAAUCUUUAUACUUUUCAAGCAAAUAUUUCAACAUCUUAUAUACACUAGGAGACCAAUUUCAAAUCAUGGGUUUGAGUCAUCUAUACAUUCUCAGACAAUGAAAACACCAUCUUUCUCAUUGUUCAAGUUCUCCCCAGACCAUUUCGCUCUUUGCUUGCAAAACUGCCUGAAAGCAAAGACUUUGAGACAAGGGAAGCAAGUCCAUGCAGUGUUGUUAUCAUCUGGGGUUGACAUGAACUUGUUAUCUUUGAGUUCAAAGCUUGUGGGGAUGUAUGCAAGUUGUGGGGACGUGAGUUCUGCACGGCAGGUGUUCGAUAAAAUUCCCAAACCAAAUGUGUUUUCAUUGAAUUGGAUGAUGUUUGCUUCGGCGUUUAAUGGGUGGUUUGAGCAAGCAAUUGGGUACUUUUGUUUGAUGCGAGAGUUGGGAAUUGUCGCCAAUAAGUUCAGUUUUCCGGUCAUGCUUAAAGUUUGUGUUGGUUUGAUGGAUUUGAAUAAGGGAAAGGAGGUUCAUGCUGUGGUGUAUAAGAUGGGGUUUGAAAAGGAUGUUGCUUUGGGGAAUGCAUUGGUGGAUAUGUAUUGCAAAUGUGGAAGCUUGUGUUAUGGUCAUCGACUUUUUGAUCGAAUGUUUGAAAGAGAUGUGGCUUCUUGGACAUCUAUGAUAUGUGGGUAUUGUAAUGUAGGAAGGACUGAUCAAGCGGCAAUGUUGUUUGAGAGGAUGAAGUUGGAUGGAUUGGAACCAAAUGAUUUCACAUGGAAUGCAAUGAUAGCUGGGUAUGCUCGGAGUGGAGAUAGCAAUCGAGCAUAUGUGCUACUAUCUAGGAUGACUAAAGAAGGAUUGGUUCCUGAUUUGGUUACAUGGAAUGCAAUAAUUUCAGGUUUUGCCCGAAGCCAGGAGGCAGGUGAAGCUUUUAAGUUGUUCAGUGCUAUGUUAGUGUCUGGAAUUAAGCCCAACCUUGUCACUAUCACAGGAUUGCUCCCAGCUUGUGGAGUGCUUGGUUCAGUUGAAAGAGGGAGAGAAAUUCAUGGAUUGAUAUGUAGGAUGGGAUUUGACAUAAAUGUCUUUGUUGCUAGUGCUCUUAUUGACAUGUACUCGAAAUGCGGCAGUGUGAAAAAUGCUCGAAGUGUAUUUGACUGGACUCCUGUAUACAAUGUUGCGUCGUGGAAUGCAAUGAUUGGAUGUUAUGGUAAGCACGGUAUGGUUGAUUCUGCGGUAGUGCUUUUCGAAAGAAUGCAAGAGGAAGGAAUUCAGGCUAAUGAAGUGACUUUGAGUUGUGUACUUUCUGCAUGCAGCCAUAGUGGUUCUGUAGAAAAGGGUUUAGAGAUAUUCAGGUCCAUGAAAGAGAGCCAUGGAGUUGAGGCAAGUAAAGAACAUUAUGGUUGUGUCAUCGAUCUCUUGUGCCGUUCAGGGAAGAUGGUAGAAGCUUAUGAGUUUGUGAAGUCCAUUCCUAUAGAAGUCACUGAAUCCAUUAUUGGAGCUUUGCUGAACGGGUGUAAAGUCCAUGGAAGAAGAGAUCUUGCUAAAUUGAUGGCUCAGGAUAUUCUGAAAAUGGAGUUAAAGAGACCUGGAGGUUUUGUAACACUCUCAAAUAUCUAUGCUGCUGAUGGAGAAUGGGAAGAAGUUGAGUAUGUAAGGAAGGUGAUGAAGCAGAGGAAGGUCCUUAAGAAACCUGGAUUUAGUUCACUCGAUUAAAUGGAAAGCUUGUUGCAGUGGAAGUUGGAAAAGAGGUCAACAAAAUGUCCUUGUCUGCCUCUAAUAAGAUACAAUCAGUUCAGUAAAUUUCAGCUUCUUUUUCUGGUUGCACCAGACAUCUCCAGUACAGCUGAAUUGAGAUUCCCAACUUUUGUGUAUGUCCAGCCAUUCGGCUUUCAAUAUAGAACAACAGAACGAUGGAGUCUCUGAGAUGAAGAUAGUACUGCUGGGGAUGAUGGUUGAACGAAUUGAGACACUACUUCAACUGGAUCUGCAGGUUAACAGCUUCAAAUGUUGGUACUACAUUCUUUCUUUCCUUAAUUAUGAACUAUAGCCUUUUAGGCUUCAAGUCACUAUUGUUUCAAAACAAGUUGGCAGCAUAUAGUAAUUAUCCACUUUUCGAGCUGAAGUGUAACUUACUCCUUCUUCAGAAAUUCAUAACCCUCUUAACUCUGAAAGUCCAUACAAACACUCUUGAAGCAUGGAAUUUGUGAUUAGUAAACUUGUUCAGAAGCAAAUGACCUGUUCUCAACUUCUUCCUAUGCCCAAGUAUGCCUGCUGAACUUAUCUUCAUAGAUCAUACUUCACACUUUCUCAUGAAACACUUACGCUUUUAGUCGAUCUAUCUUCUUAGCAUCGUCUACUUUGAUCACUGAAUAUGUAGCUUGGGAGUUACAUGUCUUCCUGAAGUAUUUACUACUUUGUUCAAAGUGCAAUUAGGGUCAGUUGCUUGUGAAGAAAGCUCAAAAGAGUCCAAGAAUAGAAUCGCCUAAGCAGCUAGCACAGAUAGGAAAUU